GGACAAUUAUUAACGAUCAGCAGCUCGAAGCAACCUUAGUAGAGCCGAUCGGUCAUCGUACCGAUAUACCUUGUCCUCGAAAACACCUCGGAAAAUUCGAAAUGAUUGCCAUCUGUCAAACGAGAUCGCUACUAGCAUCCUCUCUUCUGUUGUCUGUUGCCGUGUGUCUGAGUCAGGCAUUUUUCCUCCCGAGCGCAACUCACGGCUCCCAUCGACAAACGCAUAAUGAACGAGGAUUGUCAAACUUCAAUUUGCCGCUAAGAGAAUCCGAUUUUCUGGCCUUGUCCGCGAAAAAGAAGAGACGUCGCCGGCGAAAAGACAACACCGCUACGCCGUCAAACGAACAAACGGAGGACGUUGAAGACUUGUCUUCAUUCGAUGAAACACUCGGCCCGGGCGAACUUCCUGAAUUUGAUUUGGGCGAAGAAGAAGAAGAAAAAGAGAAACCAAAGAAAAAAGUCAAUCCCGAUGAAAUCACUGCGAACAUGAUGGGAAGUGGCAGCUCCGGAUCAAAAACAGUCGACGAGUUGAUUUCCGAUCGUGCUCUGGAAAGCAAGCUUGAAUUCGACGACAACGGAGAUGCUAGCAUCCCAGAUUUUGUGGAUUUGGCGCAGGCGUCUUCCACGACACCAACAUAUUCUCCGGAUGAUCCUUCGAUGACUGCUGGUGUUGGAAAGAAGAAACAAAGACGGGCCGAGCGUGUAGCUAAUGCAAUUGCCGCGAGGGAGGCAGAGGAAGAAGAAAAAUCCUUCCUUGAAAAMUUUCCUCAGUUUCUGAACGAAAAGGGUGAAGUGAGCGCUAUUAAAAUUCUAGAACAAGGAGGUAAGGGACUAAAAUCAAACAACUUUCAACUCUUAGUCUCAGAUUGAUGAAACCAAAUACUCAGCAUUGUCUCUGUUUCUUUUUUUAAAACAAUUCAACAGCAUGGAUUGGCAUUUUCUUACUCAUCGGUUGGGAGUUAUAUAUCAACUCACCUUUUUUCGAGCGUGCAGCACCUAUGGCUCCAAUUGUGUAUGAGAUUCUAAUGUAAAAUGACUUCAUGUACUCGUAUCCAUCGUUAUAUGAUGGGAAAAAAUGCUAAUCAAAUUCAAUCAGAAUGAAGAAAAGAGGAUAAUAUAUCGGCCUAAUGAGCUCAUUACCCUACUUUGUGCAAAGUGUGCAAUAUAUCUCCAAACUAAUGUAGUGGGUGUAGAUCGAAUGUCAGAAAAAAUCCUUUGCAAGUGCUUCAGUUCAGACGUCGACCGUUCUAUUUCAGUUAAAAAGGACUUGUUGCAAUGAAAUGCGUUUUUGGCAAUAACAGCACAUCCAAACU